UUUUCCUCCUUCUUCUUCUUCUUCUUCUUCUCUCUCCAAUUAAAGUCAUACUCGACCAGCGUGCACGGUGGAAGUAUGCGCCCCGACAAGUAAACUACACAUCCCGGAGUGCCUCUGUUGACCCCUGCAGCCCGCAUCUGUGUGUGGUUUGGCGCUGAGCUGGAAGAAGACCGAGCGGGGCCUUAAAAAAAAAAAAAAAAGAAGAAGAAGAAGAAGAGCCAGCGCUGCUUUUGUUGAACCGGAGCAAGAGGGAGCUAGAGAUUAUAAUUGUUAUUAAGAAGAAGAAGAGGACAAGGAAGAAUUGUCUUUCUCCAGCAAGCAGAGCUAAAAAAGCUUUCGGGUCCUUUCCACUGACGAAGGAGCCCAGCUUUGGGAUUGGGCAGCGAGCAGAUAGCGUAACACCCCCUCCUCCUCUCUCUGUGGAGAAUUGCGUUAAAACGAAAAAGGAAAGGCCUGAGCUUUAUCAGUAUCACUGGAUUAUUUUUUUUAUUUUUUCCAUUUUUUUUUACCCCCCUACUCCCUCCUUCAACCUCUAUAGAUUAAACGAGGAAACGCUGCUGGCUGGUGUAUGUGUUUAGAAUGGGACACGCUGAAGGUCCAGUCAAAGAAAAAGACAGUUAAGGAUGCAGGAGCCCAACAAUGGAUUUCUCCUUCUCUUUCAUGCAAGGGAUCAUGGGAAAUACAAUUCAGCAACCCCCUCAGCUCAUUGACUCAGCCAACAUCAGACAGGAAGGCACCUGCGACACCGGCAGUGACCCAGGUGAGGAUGGUGGUCCCUCCUACGAUGCUGCCCUGGAUGCAGAGUUUCCUUACCCGCCGUCAGCCUCGGAGGACAUGCCGCAGGUCCCCAAUGGCUACCCGCCGGGUCUGGGCAUGUACGAGCCGCAGGCCAAGUUCUCCAUGUACUCGCAGUUCCCCAACGGCUCGGCCAACGGCUACGGGGCCAUACGGAGCUACGGAGACCACGGGCUCAUGCCGGGAGAGGGGACGGUCCUGAGAGGCCCCGGUCUCCAGGAGAGACCCCUGUCCCCCGUGUCUCCCCCGCUGCCCACACAUCACCCGCACCUCCACCACCAUCACCAUCACCCGCAUCACCACCACCACGCGCACCACUUCCACUCAAACCCGCCUCACAUACAAACCCACUCGCACCCGCAGAGUCCGCCGCCGCAGGUGCUGCCCCCCCAGCACCACCUGCCCCAGACGCCCCACAUCAUGACCCACAAUCUCCCCCCGCCUCCCCCGUUGCACCUGCCUUCCUCCAGCCCCCCUCCAUCCCUCGUGGACAGCACUCCCUCGUCUCAGCCCACCCACGCCCCGUCCAUCACCCCCGGUGGGGUGCUGAAGAAAACCAGCUCUCCGGAGAUCAAGCUCAAGAUCAUAAAGACGUAUCAGAACGGGAAGGAGCUGUUUGAAUCUGCGCUGUGUGGAGACCUGCUGCAAGAACUGCAGAAGGAGUCUCAGAAGAACGAGGCCACUCAGAUGCAGCGCAGACAUGAGAGGAAGAAGGAGAAGAGGAAAAAGAGUGCGAGGCUGCAGCUGCAGGUCCAGGAACAGAGCCUGGAGUUGAGCCAACCGCAGGCAGGUAACACGGACCAGACGGAGGACACCCACGUCCAGCCUCAGCCGAAAGAAACACCGCCGGCCCAGACAGAGAAGCCUCAGAAGACCGUUAUCAAAACUGAACCAAAGACGCCGAAGGUUCCCAAGGUCCAUCAUCCGUCAGUGAUCCAAGAGACGGGCUUCUGUAAGGAGUUUGUAAUUGGAGAUCUGGUGUGGUCCAAGGUGGGCACGUACCCCUGGUGGCCCUGCAUGGUCUCCUCUGACCCACAGAUGAAGGUCCACACUCGCAUCAACACCAGAGGCCACAGGGAGUAUCACGUCCAGUUCUUUGGCAGCGUCGCUGAGCGAGCGUGGAUCCACGAGAAGAGGAUCGUCAUCUACCAGGGGAAGCAGCAGUUUGAUGACCUUCAGGCCGAAACCCUGCGCAAAACCACAAACCAAGUCGAGAGGCACAAACUGCUGAAGCCGAUCCCUCAGCGCGAGCGUACUCAGUGGGAAGUGGGUGUGGGCCACGCCGAGGACGCCUUCCCCAUGACGCGGCAGGAGCGGAUUGACAAUUACACCUUCAUUUACGUCGACCCAGACCCCAACGAAGCCCCGCCCAGCAAGAAACCCACCAUCAGACCUGAGAAGCGAAGCCGGCGCUCCAGCGGCUCCAUCAGCAAGAAGGAGGACGGAGGCGUGAAGUCACCGGACAGAGAGCAGCCGCCGCGAAGGCAGCUGCCGCGGAGACAGUGUAGUGUUUCGAACGCGGACGACAACGCGAACUCCCAGGCCUCCGGCGAAGAGAAGAGCCAGAGGGGGGACCAACGGAAGAACAGCUCGCCGAAACAAAACGCCGGCUGUGACGCGCGAGCACGGCAGGAUUCUCCGCCUCCGGUCAGGGCGUGGAAAACAGCAGCUGCCAGGAAGCUGCUGCCGCUCUCCAUCACCAUGAAGAGGCUAAAUGUGGAGAUCACAAAGUGCGACUGGCCUCUCCUGCAGAAAAAAGCUGCUCCGUCUCCAAAGAAGGACAAAGAAGACGAGAGUGAGGAGCGAGUGGAGAGAGAGGCCAGGCAGCCCGACCUGGGAUACUGCUCACCUGAGGACAGCAGAGCUAAACCUGAGCCCAGUCCCGAGGAGGAGGAAGACGGGGAUGAAGGGGAGGACGAGGGGGAGGAGAGGAGAGGCUCCCCUGCCAGUCGGAGGAGCGAGGAGGGAGGAAUGCAGCAGACCUCCUCUCCUGGAUCACACCACAGUAGUCCUCAAGGUUCUCAGGAGAGGAAGCUGCAGCGGCGGUCGGUCAGGAGCAGGUCUGAGUCGGAGAGAGGCACCGAUCCCGUCCCGAAGAAGAAAACCAAAAAGGAACAGGCUGAGAUGGCUCCAGAAACCACGCUGAGGACGGGUUCACAGAAAGGAGCCAGUGAGAUCUCAGAUGCGUGCAAGCCCCUGAAGAAGCGAAGCAGGGCGUCGACAGAUGUCGAGAUGGCUUCAUCUCAGUACAGAGACACGUCUGACUCGGACUCCAGAGGCCUCAACGAUCCACAGGGUUUAUUCGGGAAGAGUCUCGACAGUCCAGCAGCAGCGGACGCGGACGCCUCAGACACGCAGUCGGUGGACUCCGGUUUAUCCCGUCAGGACAGCAGCACCGGCAAGAGAGACACUGUGUGCCAGAUCUGCGAGGUGUACGGCGAGGGUUUGGUGGUGUGUGAAGGUGAAUGCAGCCGACAGUUUCACCUGGAGUGUCUCGGUCUGUCGUCCCCACCUGAAGGCAGAUUCACCUGCCUGGAAUGUAGAAAUGGCAAUCAUCCUUGUUUUAGCUGUAAAACGGCGGGCCGGGAGGUGACCCGCUGCUCCGUGUCUGGAUGUGGUUGCUACUACCACGAGGAUUGUGUGCGUAAACUCCCGGGCGCCACCAGCAGUGGUGGAGGCUUCACCUGUCCUCAGCACAGCUGCUCAACCUGCUGCCUGGAGAGAGACCUGCAGCGAGCCAGCAAAGGUCGUCUGAUCCGUUGCAUCCGCUGUCCGUUGGCCUACCACACCGGCGACAGCUGCGUGGCGGCGGGCAGCGUCAUCCUGACCCAUCACAUCAUGAUCUGCAGCAACCACGGCAGCGCCAAGAGGAACGGCCUCCUCAGCUCCCCCGUCAACGUGGGAUGGUGCUUCCUGUGUGCCAGAGGGCUGUUAGUGCAAGACCUUACUGACACCAUAUUAAGUUCAUAUGCCUAUAAGUCCCACUACCUUCUGACUGAGUCAAAUCGUGCUGAGUUGAAAUUACCUAUGAUUCCCUCUCCUUCGUCAGCUACCAAAAAGAAUGUUGGGAAAGGAGGCAAGUUGCUGUGCUGCGACUCAUGCCCGGCUUCCUUCCACCCGGAGUGUCUGGAGAUGGAGAUGCCGGAGGGCUCGUGGUCCUGCAGUGAUUGCAGGGCAGGGAAGAAACCUCACUACAAACAAAUUGUCUGGGUCAAACUGGGCAACUACAGGUGGUGGCCGGCGGAGAUCUGCAACCCUCGUCUGGUGCCGUCAAACAUCCAGAGCCUUCGCCACGACGUCGGCGACUUCCCCGUCUUCUUCUUCGGCUCCCACGACUACUACUGGAUCAACCAGGGCCGCGUCUUCCCCUACGUGGAGAACGACAAGAACUUCGUCACGGGUCAGAUAAACAUCAACAAAACCUUCAAGAAAGCUCUGGAAGAAGCAGCCCGGCGGUUUCAGGAGCUGAAGGCCCAGAGGGAGAGCAGGGAGGCUUUGGAGCAGGAACGCAACUCUCGCAAACCUCCGCCGUACAAAUUCAUCAAGUCCAACAAGCCAGUGGGGAAAGUGCAGAUGCACGUCGCCGACUUGUCAGAAAUCCCGCGAUGCAACUGCAGACCGACAGACGAGCAUCCCUGCAGCCUCGACUCGCAGUGUCUCAACCGCAUGCUGCAGUACGAGUGCCAUCCACAGGUGUGUCCCGCGGGAGACAACUGUGAGAAUCAGUGUUUCUCCAAGCGGCUCUACGCAGAAACCGAAGUGAUAAAGACAGACGGGCGUGGCUGGGGCCUCCGGACCAACCAGGCUCUGAGGAAGGGCGACUUUGUGACGGAGUACGUAGGGGAGGUGAUAGACUCAGAGGAGUGCCAGCAGCGAAUCAAGCGCGCCCAUGAGAACCACGUGACCAACUUCUACAUGCUCACCCUCACCAAGGAUCGCGUGAUCGACGCCGGCCCCAAAGGGAACUCGUCCCGGUUCAUGAACCACAGCUGCAGCCCAAACUGUGAAACCCAGAAGUGGACGGUAAACGGUGACGUCCGUAUUGGACUCUUUGCCCUGUGUGACAUCGAAGCCAGCACAGAGCUGACGUUCAACUACAACCUGCACUGCGUGGGCAACAGGAGGACGUCCUGUCACUGCGGAGCAGACAACUGCUCCGGAUUCCUCGGGGUGCAGCCGACGAGCGCUGUGGUGAUGGAGAAAGAGGAGAAGGCCAGAAACGCCAAGCUGAAGCCCAAGAAGCGGAAGAUGCGGAUGGAGGGCAAACACACGCACGAGUAUUUCUGCUUCUGCUGCGGCGAAGGAGGAGAGCUGGUGAUGUGUGACAGGAAGGACUGUCCGAAGGCGUAUCACCUGCUGUGUCUGAACCUCACCAAGCCUCCAUACGGACGCUGGGAAUGCCCGUGGCACGACUGCAGCGUCUGCGGCGCCCCGGCGUCGUCCUUCUGUGACUUCUGCCCUCGCUCGUUCUGCCGGGACCACGAGGCCGGAGCGCUCACCUCCUCCUCCCUGGACGACCGCCCCUGCUGCUCCAGCCACAACCCGCUCAGUCCGCUGGGCUCCAACUCCAGCUCGGCCCAGCCCCGCCGCUCCGCCGCGAGCCCCGUCAGGGUCAAAGAGGAGCCGGAGCCGGAGUCGGGCCAGCCGGCCUCGGAGUGACGCCGCGACUCCCCUCAAUACCUCAUUCCCUGCACGGUGCGCCGCGCUCCCACCUCCGAUCUGAAGCAGGGCACCGCUAAAGGGAAUACAGCGCUUUCUGAGCGGCGCCGAGACACACUGACGAACACCUCGGUGCCGUUUGUGGCGAGAGCAGAGCGGAUGGAGUAAGAGCAGCGGGAGCGAGCCGGCAUCAUUGUGCGCCGUUUUCCCUCCUCUCUUGCCAUAGAAACACACACCACUACUUACACUCUCUGCAGCUGGCCGGCGCCCGGCGGAGGGCCCAGACCACAACCUCAUCACGUCGUUCUUUUUUUUGUUGUUUUUUUAAAAAAUUGUUUUUACAGCUGUGGAAAUUUUAAGUGUUGUCGUCAUGUCGUCUAUUACCGGCACUUUGAAGAACUCAGCGAGCGAGGACGGAUGGAUGGAUGGAGGGGAGGAGGAGGAGGAUGAGGAGGAGGAGGAGGAGAACCUGUCCACCGUCCUGGUUUACCUGCUGUACGCUGUGGUCGACAUCUCACUCACAGGACGGCUGUAGGAUGGAGGCGAGCCAGCUUUGCUCCAUCGCUCCUGGCGUGAUCUGUCAUCCGGUUUUAUCUCUUCUUGGAGAACAAAAGGAGCAGGGAGGGUUGGUCGGGGUGAGGGUGAGGGUGAGGGGAAGGGGAAAUGACCGAUUUUGUGCAAUUUUUUUCAGGACCACACUACAUUCCAACCUUCCUUAAACAUGGUUUUAAUAUACUUAUGGGUAUAGAUGAAUAUAAUUAUAUACAGUAUCUAUGUUUGUUAAUGUUUACAGACAGAUUCUCUCACUUCAUCUCGGUGAGUGGUGUAUUACGUUUGUUUGUUUAGGUGUUGAAACAUUACGCAGACCUCCUUGUGAAAAUAGUCCUAUUAAGGUGAAUUAUAAUGGUAUAUAGUGUAAUGGUAUGACAUUACAGAAGUACUUGUGAUUUUCAUAUUGCCAGUCUCACUUGCCAUUGUGUACAUAAUUGGCUCACAAUAUUGUAAAGUACUUAAAGACCAGGAGGGGCGAAGGGGGGACGCCGCCGCCGCCGCCGCCUCUCCGACUUGUUCCUGAGAGAAGCUUUUUUAAAACGACAAGACAGAUUCCUUUCUUUUUUUUAAUUUGAUUUCCCGUUGUCACAUUUCGUCCGAGUGUUUUUUUUUUUGUACAGUAGACGACGGAGGGGCCCAGCUUGUGAUCACUGGUGCUGUCUUAAAGUGUUGUUAAUAAGCCUUAAGUUGGAUUUCGGCUGUACUAACUACUGCCCAGGCGCAGUCCAGUUCAGUUGUGUACUGUGACGGUUUUUGUUUUGUUUUUUAAUUUUGCCAAACCUUUUCUGAAAAGCACUUUCACGUUUAGCUCGGUCACACACGGGAAGUGUAAACGGAACAGAACCUACGACAAGUGUUUUAAAAAUGGAUACCUCUUCUUUCUCUCUCGUAGUGACGUCGGAAUUUAAACUGUGUCGUAACUUUUUUCGCCUCUCGGUCGGAAACGUGCUGGGUGUGUUUUUACUUUUUUCUUUUUUUUAAGUUUCUCCUUUUUGUUUUGUUUUUUAAGGAAAGUGGCCUAAAUGCUGUUUUUGUUUGUUUGUUUGUUUUGGCACAAGUAGGAUUGACUGCCAGCCCGGCUUAAAAAAA